AUGGGCACCAGUACACAGUACACGCCCCAGUAUUAUGGGCAUCAGUAUACAAUACACUCCCCAGUAUCAUGGGCAUCAGUAUAUAGUACAUGCCUCAGUAUCAUGGGCAUCAGUAUACAGUACACGCCCCAGUAUCAUGGGCACCAGUAUACAGUACACGCCCCAGUAUUAUGGGUAUCAGUAUACAGUACAUGCCUCAGUAUUAUGGCAAUCGGCAAACAGUGCACGCCCCAUUAUUAUGGGCAUCAGUAUACAAUACACGCCCCAGUAUCAUGGGCAUCAGUGUACAGUACACGCCCCAGUAUUAUGGGCACCAGUAUACAGUACACGCCCCAGUAUCAUGGGCAUCAGUAUACAGUACACGCCCCAGUAUUAUGGGCAUCAAUAUACAGUACACGCCCCAGUAUUAUCGGCAUCACUAUACAGUACACGCCCCAGUAUUAUGGGCAUCAAUAUACAGUACACGCCCCAGUAUCAUGGGCAUCAGUAUACAGUACACGCCCCAGUAUUAUGGGCAUCAAUAUACAGUACACGCCCCAGUAUUAUGGGCAUCAAUAUACAGUACACGCCCCAGUAUCAUGGGCAUCAAUAUACAGUACACGCCCAAGUAUUAUGGGCAUCAAUAUACAGUACACGCCCCAGUAUCAUGGGCAUCAAUAUACAGUACACGCCCCAGUAUUAUGGGCAUCAGUAUACAGUAUGAGAGGUGCCACUGACCAGGCCUGUGAUUGUUCGCAAGGCAUCAAGAUGAAGGGUUUCAAUUCGGAGUGA